CUAAAGGGUCGAGUCGGUCAUUCGAUAUUUCUGGCGGCUUCUCGUCGAUCGUUUUAAUUACUGGUCGCGUUAUCGAGUUCCUUCCCCGUCGUUGGACACGAUCCUCACUACGUCGCUACGAUCCGUCCCGUUCCAAACCCUAAAAAUCUACGCAGAUCCGGUCGCUUCCUCGGCCUGAAAUUGUAGGAGCAAAAGGAUCGAAGGCCUCAGCUCAUGUCCGUGGAGAGAUCGUUCGAGGCGUGGGAGGAGGUGCAGCGCCAUGGCCUUGACCUCGCGGAUCGCCUUGCCCAGGGUUUCAAUGGCCUCCUCCAGUCUCAUAUCGCUCCCCCUGCCUUUCCCUGGCCUCCCCCCGGCAAAACCGACCCUGUAAUCUCGCCCUCGGCCGUCGCCGCGGAUGGCGUAUCAGCCAUCCUCGCCAUCGGCAACCGCCUCGGCCAGGCCGGCGCUGAGUUGGGCGACGGUAUCAACGGGGUUGUGCAGCAGUUCUUCCGGAAUCUACCUGUGCCCUUUUGGCAUGAGGAGGAUGAGAGACGGGCGGCUCAGCUAAGGUUGGAUCUUGAUAGUGCUAGGAGGAGGGACGAGGCCGUGGAGAUGCGAUGCAGCAGUGCUUCUGCAUCUGCUUCUGGUUACGAGGAGAUCGGAUUGACUGCAGAACAGUUUGGCGGUGGGGGAUUUUUGGAGCCGCUGGCAGCAACGGAAGGAGUUGAUGAUUCGGAAGAUGAGGACAGACUUGAGUUUGAUUUGAGUACUUCUAGAUGCUUCAGAAAGCCUCAGGGGAUCAUUAAUAUUACAUCAAUGUACAAUAGUAGGACCAAUGAAAUUGAAAGUUCAUUGGUGGCAAGGGGAGAUCUUUGGAGAGUGGAGGCAUCACGCAGCGGUUCUUCUUCAAGGAAUGAUAGUUCACCUCCUUUUCUUAUCCAGCUUGGACCACUACUUGUUGUUCGGGAUACAACAUUUCUUUUGCCUGUUCAUUUAUCAAAGCAGCACUUGCUGUGGUAUGGUUAUGAUCGGAAGAAUGGAAUUCAUUCCGUUUGUCCAGCUCUAUGGUCAAAGCAUAGGCGAUGGUUAAUGAUGUCGAUGAUCUGUCUAUAUCCAUUUACUUGUACAUUCAUGGAUUUGCAAUUCCCAAAUGGUCAACUGACAUAUGUGGCUGGUGAGGGCCUGACGACUAGUGCUUUUCUUCCUGUUCUUGGUGGGCUGCUUCAGGCUCAAGGUCAUUAUCCAGGAGAAACAAGAUUCAGCUUCUCUCGCAAGAACAAAAGUGGAACCCGCAUCACACCAAUGGUGCAGUGGCCUGAUAAAUCGUUUUCACUUGGGUUUGUACAAGAUUUAGCUUGGAAGAGAUCUGGUCUAAUUCUACGUCCAACCAUUCAACUCAGUUUAUGCCCAACUUUUGGUGGAAACAAUCCGGGACUGCAAACUGAGCUCACCCAUUCUCUAGAGGAGCGACUUAGUUUAAGUUGUGGUUAUUCUCUUACAACGCACCCAUCUGCUUUUGCAUCUGUUGCUUUUGGGAGAUCCAAGUGGAAUGGAAGUGUUGGAAAGACUGGUGUAGUUAUUAGAGCAGAAAUCCCACUAAGCUCGGUUGACAGGCCGGUCUUCUCCGUCCAGUUGAACAAUGGUAUGGAGUUCUGAUCUUUCUUCAGGUCAAUUGCAUAGUGACUAUGUACAUAAAGUCACUGACAAAGAUCUAUUUAGAAGACAUGAUAUUCCAAUGCACAGAAAAGUACUUUUCUGCAAUGUUUCAUAAAACUGUAAAACCAAACUGUUAGUGGAAAAUUCACUAGUCCAAGGCUUGAGCCCUUUUUUGUAGUCUGUUGUCGUGUCUAUAAAAUUGUUUGUAAAAGACUGUUGUCUCACACUCAAUGCGUACCAUACCAACAAGAUGAAAUCUUACUCCA